UCUCGGGGGUGCUACAUUGGGUUUUAUUAAAGUUUAUUAGAGCUAAAUAAUGUUUUUAUUGAAUCGUUGAGUACCAAUGAAUUUUCAAGCGUAGUCUUCGGUUGGUUCUUUAAUUACUAAAAUAAUAAGGGAAGAUGUAAAUAGGAUGUGUGAUGGUGUUAGAAGAGGAGCGCGAAUGCAGCUCGCUGGCUGGAUGAUGUUUACUUGCCACAUCCUUUUGUUUCUCACGUUGAUUGGAGCUGCUCGUACCUGCUAUCUUUUUCCAAGUGACGUGCCUAAUCCGUGUCUUGGAGUAGCUUGCGGGCCGGGAGCGUUAUGCCGACCCACAGCGGAUGGUCGUUCUUACGAUUGCGAGUGUCCGACAACUUGUCCAAGCUACGGCGAUCACGAAGGAUCACGUUCGCUCUGCGCAAGUGACGCUCGAGACUACUCCGGUGAAUGUGAGAUGCGCAGAGCUGCUUGCGAGUCCAAUACAAACAUCACUUUCAAAUAUUACGGAAAGUGUGAUCCUUGUGCUGGUGUAACCUGCCCUGACCCAGAAGUGUGCCAGCUAGAUGAGCGUAGGGCUCCUUCGUGCCGGUGCGCAGAGCCCUGCCCCCUAGAAUUUUCACCGGUCUGUGCAUCGGACGGGAAAACCUACUCCAACGAAUGCCAAAUGCACCGUGAAAGUUGUCGUGCUAGGAAACAGCUAAAAAUUAUAUUCAAGGGACAGUGCAGUUCCGGAGUGAAUCCGUGUGCCGAAGUGGAGUGCCGUCACGGUGCAGAGUGCCGCGUAGAAGGCGGAGGAGCGGUGUGUGCGUGUCCGCCGUCCUGUGAACCAGUUCUGCGCCCUGUAUGCGGCUCUGACUCUAGAACCCACGACAGUGAGUGCGAACUCCGACGGGCUGCAUGUCUUCUUGGCAGAGAACUGAGGGUCCUGCACGCCGGAGCUUGUGGUUCUAACGGUGUGUGUGCCGAUCGCGUGUGUCCCCACGGCGGCGAGUGCGUGGCGUCGGGCGGGCGCGGCGUGUGUCAGUGUCCACGCUGCUCCAACGAGUUCGCACCGGUUUGCGGCUCUGACGGCAUCUCCUACGGGAAUCGGUGCAAGCUGCAGCUAGAGGCUUGUCGCCAUAGACGCGACGUGCACGUCUUGUACGACGGACCUUGCAACGGCUGCGAGAAUAAGAAGUGUGAAUAUUACGCGGUCUGUGAAAGCGACGGCAUCUCUGAAGCGAGUUGCGUUUGUCCAAAACACUGUGAAGAGGGAACAGAGACCGAAGAGAUUUGUGGUAACGAUAACAAAACUUAUAGCAGCGUAUGCGCUCUACGGGACAUAGCUUGCAAAGAGAAGAGGAGACUGCACAUUAAACACAUGGGCUCGUGUGAGUCGUGCGCGGGCGUGCAGUGUCCGUCUGGCACGUGGUGCGGGCGCGGGGCGUGCUCGUGCGCGGCGCCGUGCGCGGGGGCGGCGCGCGAGCCGGUGUGCUCGAGCGCGGGACGCACCUACCCGCACGAGUGUGCGCUCCUCAAGGCCGCCUGCGAAGCGAGAAUGAGAGCCGAGCCCCAGCUCCGGGUCGCGUACUACGGCGAGUGCACGGAUUCAGUCGACAAUACUACGGCUGGUUUAAAUAAAACAGGGGCAUUAUCAGAGUUAACGAAUGAGAUCAGAUCAGAAGAUACGACGGAAAAUGCUAACGAAGGAGGGAGUAACGCUGUAUGUGCUCGAGUACAGUGUGCCUAUGAAGCUACUUGCGCCGUCGACUCCAACGGCCAACCUAGAUGUGCCUGUCUCUUCGAUUGCGCGGCGGCUGCGGCGGCUUCCACGUCGAGUCCGGUGUGCGCUUCCGAUCUCAGAUUGUAUCCCACUUUGUGUCACAUGAAGCUUGAGGCGUGUCGGCGACAAGAAGACUUGAGAUUACGCCCCCUGGCACUUUGUCGAGGGCUAGAAUUUAGACCGUGCGGGGAUGACGAACCACUCACUGACAAAGAAGGUCGUCCUUACGACUGCGGUGGCGGUCCACACCGUAAAGAUUGUCCGAUGGGCAGCUAUUGUCACCACACUGCCAAAGCCGCUAGGUGCUGUAGGAAAGACAAAGGGGUGACCGAGAAGAAAGGUUGCCAGGACACGUGGCACGGGUGCUGCGCUGAUGGUGUCACUGCCGCAAGGGGUCCCGGCGGGGCUGGCUGUCCUUCGCAAUGUGGGUGUCACAGACUUGGGUCAGUUAGGGAGCAGUGCGACGAGAGCGGUCAGUGCUCGUGCCGGGCGGGCGUGGGCGGACUCAAGUGCGACCGCUGCGAACCCGGGUACUGGGGUCUGCCCAGAAUCGGAACGGGACAUGCCGGUUGUAUACCCUGUGGGUGCUCUGCAUUCGGAUCGGUUCGUGAAGAUUGUGAGCAGAUGACGGGACGGUGUGUCUGUAAACCUGGCAUACAGGGUCAGAAGUGUACCGUGUGCUCCAACCACGAACACACUCUAGGACCGAACGGUUGCUUCGAUCCGGAAUCAACCCAAUUACCUGCUACGAAUUGCGAGCACAUGACAUGCUAUUUUGGUGCACAUUGUUUGAUGCGAAGUGGUCUUGCGAUUUGCGAUUGUAGUGCAGCAGAGUGUCCGGCUACCGAAGAGCCCCCAGUGUGCGGCAGCGACGGUCGCACGUACCUCUCCGCUUGCCAUCUCCGGACGCAUGCUUGUAGAACACAAUCCGAUGUGGUUGUGCAAGCGUUCGGACCUUGCAGCGACGAAUCACCUCACGUGAGGCGAGACAAUAUCUACACUGUUUCAUUUAAUUCGAAAAACACUUCAUAUAGUCGCUGCGUUAAAUCAUCGAGGGCUCCGUUUGUGGAUUUCGAAUCGGAAACGAACGAGAUCGAAGAUGACACUUAUGAUGAGGAAUACGUUGAUAGGAGGGUUGAAGAGUCUUUUGAAUUGCCUCUUUUUGAUGGUAACGCCAGAAUGACGGCUCGAAUACGAUUGCCCGCAAAUCACUUCGAUAUAUGGGCAGAGGUGACCGCUGUUUGCGACACGGGAGCCUUAUUGAGUGCUUCCGGAACAAGGGACCAUUUGUGGCUGGGUUAUAUCCGAAAGAAAGGAGUUUUGCGUUUUGACGUUGGCAGCGGACAUUUGGAUUUACAUGCUGGACGAUUAAAAUUAGACGGAAGAUCUACUAUAUCGGCGAGAAGAUAUAAAAGAGACGCUGUACUGAAGGUGGGCUUAGUGUCAGCUAGCGGCACGGCUAAGGGCCGCAUGAGCUCGCUAAACACUGACCCGUUCGUCUAUAUUGGCUACUCACCAGAAAAUGUGACUAAGCUUACGGGAUUAUCGACGGUAGGAUUUGUUGGAUGCAUUCAUCGCCUACACAUCAGCGGGCUUGACUUGAUACCGCCCGCGCGUGGUCUAGUACUCAGUACACACGGAGUCAAACCCUGCACUCCGUAUCAUUUAGCAAGAUUAGUUUGCCCCUAAUAUCAUCAUACCUGGCACUAGGCGGAAUACUAGAAAUUUCCUCGGCCAAAUAUUACUUAAACAUAUAAUGAGAAUAUUCUAAUCAUUCGUAUUAAAGCUAUAUUAGGUGUACUUUAACUUGAGGUAUUUUAUGUGGAACAUAAGAUAUUAUAGCAGAUUAGAGCUGUAGAUACAUUUGCAAAAAAAAUAAUCAAAUUAACUCUCUCUUCUGGUUUGUCUGUAGCUAUUCUAGGUGUGAAAAGCCCGAUUGGAUAAUUACAUCAUUUGUGGUUGCACAGUUAUUUGCUGUAUUUCAAACCAACUCGAUUGUAGGAUCUUCUUAGCGCCAUCUAAGCCUGACGUAGUCUAUUCAGUGGUGAGUGGUUACUAUUUUCAACGGACAAGAGAAAUAUCAGAGACAAGACCCACUGCUGAGGCCUCAGUUUGAAUCUUUUGAUGAAGGAGAUAUCGUUGAGCUGAGACAACAGCGUAUAGUUAAAACACAACAAGCACUAGUUACAAAAAAUCAUGGAGAUUAAAAUGCAUUCUUUCAACAUUUAUAUAAAAUAAAUUAAAAGUACAAACAUGUUGAAUUUAUUGUGCCUAUUCCAUGUGAAGUGUUGCUUCCAAUUGUAUAGUUUGUACUAACCAAUUUAUUUGCAGCGCUUUAAAAUAACUUGCCCUUUUCCGUUUUCUUUGGUAUAAAUGUCAUCUUGGUCUGAUUUGGUCAUUACACUCAUUUGUUACACUGAUGUAAUACGUUUUUGACCUCUUGCGGCAGUGGUCAGAUAUUCGCGCUUGCUCUAAGAACAGUCAAUUCGACACUUCUUUAUUAUUGCUCAGGUAAAAAGAGAAUAAUUACUUAAUGCUUUGGUUAUAUUGAAUAAGUUCGAAACUAUUUUAUUUUACGAAUAAUUAAAAAAAAUGAUGAGAUUAAGUGUUAAUAAAAUACAAUUAAAAAUAUGAUCUCAUUAUUUGAAUACUAAAAAGUAUUCUCGUAGAAUAAUUAGAAUUUCGAGAUUUAAUUGCAACUUAAAAAAUCUUCCUAACAAUCCUUGUGUGACAUAAAUUUGUUAAGUAAUAUGAUAGGAUAUAAUGCCAAAGGAAUAAUAAUUGUAAUUAAAAUCUAUACAUUGUUUCUCUUAUUAUAAUAAGACUACGAAUGGCGAAUAAGCUCACUUCUGACACAAGGUAAAAUAGGAAAAUAAUAAGCAUUUGAUAGUUACAUAAUUUUAUUCUUCAAAGUAGAAUUCGUUCGUGAAGGUAUUGGCUAUUUAGUUUAUUAGAAAAAUUAAUACCUCCUGUUGAAUUUGAUCCCCGGCAUAAAAAAAUCACUCGAUUUGGAAACUUCAAAACUGUUAAUCAAUUUCAUGUGUCAGAAUUGGGAUUAGUGCCUUGUUGAAACAUAAAAACUGUUAACUAAAAGUAUACUUAAUAUGUGAUAAUAAACUGAACUACUGUUUCAAAUAUUCUAUCGUAAUGUUAACAUAUCUAUGCGUUUUGUAUCUUGGAAAUAUCUUCUUAUAUUAAAUCUGU